AUGAUGCCUAUCAUUAGCAAAUUGUAUUGUUCUUCUUCACAGACAGUGCUGGUAGUUAGGAGGAGGCCACAUGUGGUGAAUGGAGGGGGUUUUGUAGUCACAGAUUGUAGUACUCAGAGGGUUGUUUUCAGGGUUGAUGGAUGUGGAAUUCAUGGCAUAAAGGGUGAGUUGAUUCUAAGAGAUGGGGAUGGAGAAGCUUUGCUUCUCAUGCGUAGAAAGGGAGGCAUGGUUGAGGCCCUCAGCAUUUACAAGAAGUGGAAAGGUUACAGUUUAGAUUACGAAGGAUUACAUAACUUGGUUUUUAGCUUAAAAGAACCCAAUUCCCGUUUGGUUAGGAACAAUGCAAUCAGAAUUUCAAUUGAACCCAGGACUAUUAGUAACAAAGGCUGGGACUUUGAGAUCAGGGGCUAUUUCCCUGAUAGAAAUUGUAGCAUUGUUGACACUAGGGGAAACGUAGUUGCACAGGUUGGGGUGAAUAAGGAAGUGGAGAAAUUGAUGGAAAGCAAGGAUUUUUAUCAUGUGGUGGUGAAACCUGGGAUGGAUCAAGCUUUUGUUUUUGGAGUCAUCGCUACCCUUGACUAUAUUUAUGGUGAAUCCACGUACUGCUAA